UUCAAACACGGAAGCGUCAUUGCGCACCGUAGAGUUGUUAAUCGACGAAGUUUAAAUAAAGAGCCGGAUAGUUUGAAUAACAAGUGGCAUGGAGCUGCCCAACUACAGCAGGCAGCUAAUGCAGCAGCUACAGGCCCUGAGGAAAGAGGCCCAGUUCUGUGACUGUACUAUCCUACUGGGUGAUACCCCCCACCACGCACAUAAAUUAGUCCUGGCUGCCUCCAGCAUGCUGUUCAGAUCUCUCUUAGAUGGCUCCGAUAGUAUUUCCAUUGACACAGCAGUGGUCUCCUCCCAGGAGUUUGUCUGUCUGCUGGACAUGAUCUAUACCGGCAAGUUGCCUCCCGGCAAGCACAACAUCAGCCGCAUCAUUACUGCUGCAGACAGCCUGCAGAUGUUUGAUGUGGCAGUUGGGUGCAAGAACAUCCUCUCCAGCCUUAUGAACCAGCCGAUGGCUACAGUCAAAUCCAACCAAGCCAAUGCAAUCAAGCAGGAGAGUGUUGUGGCUAACUGGACAGCCUCUCCCAAGGAGUCGGCUACUGCCAGUUUGAAGAUUGAUCCCCAAAAUAAAGUUGACAGAGAAGAGACCAGAUCUGAGAGUGCAAGCAGGGAUACAGAGUUCCCUGCUGAGCUGGAACAGGAAUUGAUGGGGAGGAGAGAGGAACCCAGCUGUAAAAUAGCUCGUCUUGAAAUCCAGGGAUCCCAGGAGAGUGAGGACCCCAAGCUCCAGUCCAUAAGCCCUCGUGGAGGAGAGUCAGAAGCUGUGAGUCUAGUCGAGGAAAAGAAUACUGUUGCAGCCACAAGGUCCGAUCAGUCCACCAGUCCUCUCUUGGAAAAUUCCUCUGAACUGAUGGAGUGCUUGACAAAAGUCCCAUCCAUCCUUGAGGCGUUGCGCCAUGCAGCAAAUACCAACCUUGGGGAACACGAGAAAGAUGUGGUACACGAGUGCUGUGAGGAGUCAGAUCCAGGCUCAGCAAUCAACAGACUUAUGAUCAGGCUGAAAGAGGGGGUUCUGAGUGAGAGGAGCCUCCAAACAUUGCUUCGCACAGUUCACGAGAAAUCUCCCUCCUUAUACUCCCCGUCACUGCUGUUACUACUGGAGGUGGUGGAAAAAAGUAGACAGCAAGAGGCUCAAUGGGAAAUUGGUGGUAGCGACACAUCAGAGCAGGGAAAGCAGCCUCAGAGUCCCAAUAUCGUAGAUCAUUGCACCAAUGGAAAAGAAGAGCAGGAGGGAACAGAUGAAAAAAACGAGGAAAAAAAGGUGGAAGGGGGAGAGAAAUCUAGUGGCAAGGUGACAGAACCCCCUUCCUCCUCCCUCUUCUCCUACUCUUGUCGCUGGUGUAAAAAGGGCUUUGCCUACAAGUGCCGGAUGCUGGCUCACACCAAGCGCUGUGCCAUGUCCCAGGAGUUGAAACACAAAUGCCCAUUGUGCCCCAAGAUGCUGUCCACCCCACGGGCCCUGCUGCGCCACCGCUCCGAGGCUCACCCAGAUGUGGCACGCGUCAAAAAGAAGGUGGCCUGUGACCUGUGUGACCGCACCUUUGCCCACUCCUCAGGUAUGAUUUACCACAAACGGACAGAGCACUUUGAAGAGAAGCCAUUUGUGUGUGAGGAAUGUGGUGCAAAGUUUGGGGCCAACUCAUCUCUGAAGAAUCACAUGCGCUUGCACACAGGAGAGAAACCCUACCACUGUAAACACUGCGACAUGACCUUCAGUGUGGCUGCAGCACUAGCCUACCACACAAAAACGAAACACUCUGAGGGUAAGAUGUACGCUUGUCAGUAUUGUGAGGCACUCUUUGCACAGUCAAUUGAGCUGACACGCCAUGUGCGCACACAUACGGGGGACAGGCCUUAUGUGUGUCGGGAAUGUGGAAAGGGCUACAGUCAGGCCAGUGGGCUCACUGUCCACCUCCAAACCUUCCAUAACAUCUCCACGCACCAUGACUGUCAGAAGUGCCGUUUGAGCUUCUCCUCACUGGAAGAGCACAGGCAGCACAUUCAGGAGUGCCAUCCCAAAGAAUUCCACAAAUGCCCCAUUUGCCACAAGGUGUUCACCAGCGCGACCCUGCUGGAAAAACACAAGAGCAAGCACACAGGAAGCAAACCUUUCAGCUGUGAUCUCUGUCAAAAGUCUUACCAGCAAUUGUCAGGCCUAUGGUACCACAAUCGGACCAACCACCCUGAAAUAUUUGCCAGUCAAACCAACAGGCAGCUCAAGACUCUGGUCCAGUGUGACGUUUGCUUCAAGUUCUUCCCUAGUACCACCAGCCUGGGAAAACACCAGGAGACUGAGCACCCAGAUUCAGUGGUGUCAGUAGUGCACUGUCAAUAUUGCGCUGCUUCAUUUCCCAGUAAGGAGGAGAUGCAAGACCACAUCAGCAGUCAGCAUUUUAGCAAAGAGGGUUCAGCCUUUGGCUGCACCAUCUGCCCCUUGGUCUGUCCUUCCCAGCUGCAGCUCCAAGAGCACUUCCUGUCAUGUCAUAUGGAUGUGGCAAAGGAACCCGGGGGAACUGAGGAGCAAGCAUCUACGUCCCACACAGUCAUCCCAGCAGAGAAGACUGGAGACAAGGUGGAAACUGUCAUUUCUGUGGCCCAUUCGCAGCUUGGCAGCUCCCAGCAGGUGUUUGUAGCACUGGGAGAUGGCGAGGAAUGGGACUCAUCCUCAGGGGUGGUAGCAGUUAAUGUGGAUGACCUACUGAGUGGGACAGUCACCAUCAUCCGUGGGGACAAACCAUAAAUUCCCAGCUUUGAACCCUCAACUCUGAUACCUGCAAGUCUCCCUAGGACACAUGCAAAUCACACCAUUUUUUUUAAUGGUGAAACAUAUAGGUUUUUCAAUUGAUGAGGAUUGGACAUGCUAAAACCAUCACAUUUUAGAAGCACUUCUCUGAAUUAGAAGUGUGAUAAAUUGCAUGAGGAAAGGAUACUUAUGAUCAGAUGAUAAUCAUAAUUAGGCAGAAUUUAAAGACAUUAACAGGGAAAUAUAAUACUAUUAAUAAAAUAUAACUAAAUAUAGAGGCAAAUGUGACACGAGCCAAAUGCACCAGCAUUUAAUACUUAUUUUGAUUCUACAAAAACUCAGAAUUUUCUUGAAUUAUUCUGUCACACUAAAUAACGAUGCUUCCAUUCUGACUUACUCUAAAGUACAUAUGACUCUUUUGUCUCUUAACUGCUCAAGGGCAAAGGAUGUACUAUAGGGGAUGGUGUUAGGGACCGGGCUGGUAGGCAAGAGGAAUCGCAGGUGGUUUUUAUUUACCCCAAAACAAUAGCCCACCGAUAACAAAAAGCUCUCAGCCCAUAAAAGAGGUCAAACCAAACAGAAUUUAACUCAUAUUAUACCAAAUUAGGAAACUGAACAUACCAAACUGACCACAAUGGGGAACAUAUAUACUGGCUGGUCAGACCAUUUUCAAUCAAUCAAUCAAGUUGCAUUUUAUAUAACGCUUUUGAAAUAAAAGGGGUAACAC